AUGGAUAGGGUGAGCAGCUUGCCAGAUUCUCUGCUAUGUGAGGUACUCUUGAAUCUCUCAACAGCUGAGGUGGUUAGGACUAGCGUCUUAUCCAGCAGAUGGAUAAAUCUCUGGAAAAACGUACCUGCUUUGGACUUGGAGACUUAUCAUUUCCCAGAUCAAGACUCGUUCGUGAGCUUCGUCGAUAGGUUUCUGGGUUUUCACAGCGGUUCCUGCUUACAUAGCUUUAACUUAAAGUACCAUUACACUGAAGGAGGUCCUCACGUCACGCGGUGGAUCAACACUGUCGUUAACCGCCGGAAAGUUAAACAUAUCGAUCUUCUGAACAAUUCAUGGGAUGUUCACAUGCCUACAACACUCUACACUUGCGAGAGCUUGGUUUCUUUAGCGCUCGGUGGCGUAACCUUGCCUGAUCCCAAGUCUGUGUCUUUACCUUUUCUCAAACACAUCUAUCUCAGCCGGGUUGGGUUUGCGAACGAUUCGGCUUUCGAAAUGCUCAUCUCAGCCUCUCCGGUUCUCGAGAGCGUAAGGUUAUCGAAUGUUUCCUCUCACAAUGUAAAUUGUUUCCGUGUGUGCUCCAAGUCUCUACUGAGCCUCUCUCACAUCGGCCGGAUUAUCGGCGGUGGUGAGAAAGAGCUAGUGUUUGCAAUUGAUGCUCCCAGGCUUCACAGCCUCUACCUCCUUGAUGGUGUCAUUGCAAGUUUCAUUGUAAAGAAUCUUGGAUCCCUUGUUAUGGUGGAUCUCCAUGUUGGGUUUGGAAGGAGGUUCGAUCCCAAUAAUCUACCAAAGAUCAACAUGAUCCGUGACUUCUUCAAUGGGAUCUCCACUGUUAAACAUAUGGUCAUCUCUCCGGAUACUCUCGUGGUCGUCUAUGAUUACUUGAGAUGUCAACCACUGCCACUAUUUCCCAACCUAACUUCCAUGCGUGUCACCGGCUACAAUUGGCAACUGUUGCUACCUUUUCUUGAGAGCUGCCCGAAUUUAAAACGUCUUGUCUUGGGAUCAGAGAGAAACCCCCCGGAGAAGGAAGGAGUUAGUAUUUCAUAUGGACGUCCAUGUUUCUUGUCGUCUCUUGAGUAUGUUGAGAUACAAAGGCCAUGGACGGAUCCACCAAGGAAGGAGAAUCUGGUAUCCUCAGAAGACCGGUUAGUGACUUAUUUUCUUGAGAACUCAACACUAUGCUUGGAUGAUUCCACAAAGGAAGGAGAAUCUGUUAUCCUCAAAAGACCCCUUACUACUCCCAAGAGUCCAAGACUCUCUGCCUCAAGAAAUUGA